AUGAGUAGCGAAGGUGAUGCGGUGAUGGCGGAGGAUCUGCCACAGGAUAUCCUCCAAGCUGAUGUUCAGGAGAUCCAGAUGCGCACACGCAUGCUAGAAAACGAGAUUCGUGUGAUGAAGUCGGAGCACAUGCGUCUCUUGCACGAGCAGACCAUGAUGAAAGAACGUAUCAAAGACAAUGCGGACAAGGUGUCUCAGAAUAAAGUCUUGCCUUACCUUGUCGGAAAUGUUGUGGAAAUUUUGGACAUUGACCCGGAUGUCGAUGAAGAUUCUGAGGAGGCUAAGCAAAUGGACGACAAGGACCAUCACGAACAUAAGUGCGCUGUCAUUAAGACUUCGACGCGCCAGACCAUUUUUCUCCCUCUAGUGGGCCUUGUGCCAACCAACGAACUCGAGCCUGGAGAUCUUAUUGGUGUGAAUAAGGACAGCUAUCUGAUAUUGGACAAGUUGCCCGCCGAAUAUGACUCGCGCGUUAAGGCGAUGGAAGUCGACGAAAGGCCCACAGAGACCUACACUGAUAUUGGUGGUCUGGAGAAGCAGAUCGAAGAACUUGUUGAGGCUAUUGUGCUCCCAAUGCAACAGGAACAAAAAUUCAAGAACUUGGGCAUCAAGCCGCCUAAAGGUGCGCUGAUGUACGGUCCACCGGGUACUGGAAAGACGCUCCUCGCGCGAGCGUGCGCUGCACAAACUAAUGCCUGCUAUCUGAAGCUUGCUGGACCAUCACUCGUACAGAUGUUCAUUGGAGAUGGUGCAAAACUUGUGCGGGAUGCGUUUGCACUUGCACGCGAAAAGGCGCCUGCGAUCAUCUUCAUUGAUGAAAUUGAUGCUAUCGGUACCAAACGCUUUGACUCUGAUAAGUCUGGUGACCGCGAAGUUCAGCGCACCAUGCUGGAACUUUUAAACCAGUUAGACGGCUUCUCGAGUGACGAUCGCAUCAAAGUGGUGGCUGCAACAAACCGUAUUGAUAUCCUCGACCCGGCUCUUCUGCGCUCGGGCCGCCUUGACCGCAAGAUUGAAUUUCCACUUCCUAACGAGGAGGCUCGUGCGCACAUCAUGGAGAUUCAUAGCCGCAAGAUGGCUGUGGGCCCCAAUGUUAACUUUGCCGAACUGGCGCGCUCCACGGACGAGAUGAACGGUGCGCAGCUCAAGGCUGUGUGUGUCGAGGCUGGCAUGAUUGCUCUGCGUGAAGGUGCUACAGAGUUGGAUCACGAACAUUUCUUGGGCGGCAUUCUCGAAGUGCAGGCCUUGAAAAAGUCCGAUCACUUUUACUAUGCAUAG